AUGUCAGCCUACCUAUCAGUAGCUCACCAACUCCUACAAAAGUUCCAAGCUUACGAGAUUCGGCAGAUCCCCAGGUCAGAAAACAGCCACGCCGAUGCACUCUCACGUUUGGCUUCGGCAAUAAACGACAAUAUCGGAAGGAAGGUGCCGGUGGAGAUAUUGUCCCAGCCAAGCACGACGACUGCUGAUGUAUGUGCCGUACGGUAUGAGAACACGUGGAUGUCUCCAAUUUAUGCUUUCUUAACGAACGGAACGCUGCCCACCGAUAAGUCCCAAGCCCGAAAGCUACGGUACCGAUCGGCAAGAUACACAGUCAUCAACGAUGUUCUGUACAAGCGAGGCUACACCACGCCGUAUCUGAAGUGCCUCACCAAAGAACAAGGGGACUACGUUAUUCGAGAAGUCCACAACGGAGUUUGCGGUGACCAUUCAGGGUCCCGAUCGCUGGCACACAAAGUCUUCCGACAUGGGUAUUUCUGGCCGACUUUACACCAAGAUGCGAACGUGGUAGUCAAGAAGUGCAACAAAUGCCAACGGUUCGGUAGUGUCCAUCACAUCCCUGCUGAGCCUCUCUCACCGAUUGUCAAAUAUGAUGUGGUUGCCGUGGACUACUUCACCAAAUGGGUAGAAGCUGAAGCCUUAGCAACGAUAACGGCAGCCAGAAUGGAAGAUUUCAUCUGGACGAACAUUUACUGCCGAUUUGGUAUCCCCUACGCCAUCAUCACCGAUAACAGCAGGCAAUUCGACUUGGAAGCCUUUAGGCAGUUCUGCACUCGCCUCAAGAUCAACCUGUUCUUCGCUUCGCCAGCACACCUCCAAUCGAACGGUCAAGUCGAAGUAAUGAAUAAAAUAGUCAAGAAGCUAUUGAAACGGCAGCUUGAGAAGGCCAAAGGAGCCUGGCUGGAGAAGCUUCUAGAAGCAUUAUGGGUAUCCGAACAUCCUACCGAACGACAACUAGGGAAACCCCCUUCUCUCUUGCCUUCAGUUCGGAAGCAGUGGUUCCUGUGGAGAUCGGAGAGUCCUCCUACUUAA